UGAUCUGUAAAUGCGAAGAUGAUAUGAAAGUGACAAAUAUGGAGCUCCAAGAGACGGAGACGGAUUCAUCACCUUCCUGGUCUCCAAUAUCAAGAGAAAGACUCCUGACAUACGCCAACCUUUCUGAUAUUGCUGGGAAGAAAAGAAAACAGGACCCCAGCAGCGAUGCUGAAAUUUCAGCCCGAGCUUCAGAAGACUAUGAUGAUGAUGACUUUCCUGUUGACAACACGCAGGACUCUGAGGGACCUUGUAACAAACGGGUCAAACCGGUGGACAGGAGUAGUGAAGUAACAGGCAUUAUAACACCACUGAAGACCCCUGCUUUGAAACGCUUGGGACAGUCCAUUCAGCGGUCCAUCAGUUUUCGUACAGAAGCACGCCCAAUGCCCCCAAUGCCGAUCCGCUCUCGUACCAAGGCUUCGUCUUUUCCACGGCGUCGCAGCAGCCAACUGUGGAGUGACACUGUGGACAGCCUAAGCCAGGAUCUUAGUGCCAAGGAGAUUAAAAGACAGGAGGUGAUAUAUGAAUUAACACAAGGGGAGAAGCAGUUAAUCGAAGACCUCAAUUUGGUCAAAAAGGUUUACUACGAGCCCAUGUUAAAAUUAGACAUUAUGACAGAGAGUGAAUUGGGCCAGAUAUUUGGGACUCUUGAUUCUUUGAUUCCUCUCCAUGAAGAGUUUUUGGCUCGUCUGGAGGGGCUUCGAGGGUCAGAGAAGACGGUGGGAGAGGUUGGGCCGACCCUGCUGGACUGGUUUCCUUGUCUGGAUGCCUACAUCACCUACUGCUGUAACCAGGUGGGUGCCAAGGCCCUGCUGGACCAGAAGAAGCAGGUACGACGAGUGGAGGAAUUCCUCCGCCUAUGCCAGGAAUCAUCCUUCAGCAGAAAACUUGAUCUGUGGAACUUUCUGGAUCUUCCACGCAGUCGUUUGGUGAAGUACCCGCUGCUUUUAAGGGAGAUCCAGAAGACCACACCAAUUGAUCACCCUGAUGAGGAAACCCUGCCUCAAGCUAUGGAGCUGAUCCAGAGUAUAAUUACUGAGGUGAACAGUAAAACCGGUGAGGCUGAGUGCCAGUUUUAUAAACGAGGUCUGUGCUACCCAGAGGAGGGUCAGAGAGUACCUGAGAUUUAUGCUUCCCGCUUCCUCUACUGCCAUGGUGAACUCAAAAGUACAAAAGGACAGAAACUGCAUGUGUUCUUGUUCGAACUGGUUCUGGUUUUGACAAGGCCAGUGGUACAGGAUAAAGAUGGUAUGGUACAGUUCCAGGUUUACCGUCAGCCCCUUCCCGCUACACAGAUAAUGCUAGAGGACCUGCCUGAUGGUGAGGGAGGAAGCUCUGGAUCUUUCCGUGGUGCCUUCACUGGCAAUGACAAAGUGAAGAACUGCUUCCGUGUCAGCAACAGGAGGCGUCCCAAGGCUCAGUCGCACAGCCUGCAGGCCAGCGACUCCUUUAACAAACAGCAGUGGAUUACCUGUCUGCGCCAAGCCAUCGUCCAAUCGCAGGACAGAGACUCUCAAGCCAGCCAUUCCAAGGCAGCCCAGCAAAGUCCUGACCCUGCCCUCUAUCACAUUGCUGAACUGAGCCUGAAUUCGGAUGUGGAAAUGUCAGACACAUAGGCCACAUUUCAGAGGUCAUAUUAUUUCUUUACAGGGACAAAGCUAAAGUUCCUGGUCCUUCCACUUACACCUGGAACUGAUUACUGGUUUACAGACUUUAUUCAAUGUGAAGGCUAUUUAUAUUCAUUAAGCACUGUAUUAUGGGUGUGUUAGUCAGACUGGAGAAUGUGGACUGAGUGAAAGUAUGUUUGUUAGGUAGUGAGGCCUGGUGCUCAUGCCUGUAUCAAUGUAGCUUGUAGUUAUAUAAUUAAGGCCUUUAAGUACAGUAUUUUAAAUAAAAUAUGUUUAUGUGUGCAUGUUAGUAUACAGGCACUGUAAUAGUGAUGAUUUGAAUGAACAUCUGAAUGUAAAUGCAUUUGUAUUUCACCCUCAUGUGGACAUAGUCAGACAGUAUAAAAUAUUAUUUCUUUUAUUUUUAAUAAUGAACUGACAGUUUUCAGGAGAAUUUAUUGUUAUGAGUUAUUUACUUAAGCUUUUGUUUAAUACAAUGUUAUUUUUUUAUAAAUAAAUAACUAUAA